CAACCUCUUCACGAGCAGCCAGCCACAAUCAUAUGGCGACCAAAUUGGGAUCUUUACCCCACCAUGCCCUCCUCCAAGGGCUCGGCAUAGCCCAAUAGCGCCCCCCUGAUCGCCAGGCAUGACCCUUGUUUAGGCGUGGGAUAUGUCGUGCGACAGCCCUGCUAGCGCAGCAUCGCCCGGAAUAUUAAUGCACGAUGUAACCAUAACGAGGCUGCACAAUUCAUCGCGACGCCAAACACGGAUUCAACUUGUCAUCUCGAGAUCACCCUCUUCUCCGACUUUAGUCCACCUGUCGUCGACGGAAUUUGGGCUCUCAAGUUCAACAUGGCAUCAUCUCUACCGCCAGAUAGUCUAUCCACCGCUAACCCAGAGACGACCCAUCAUCCAAGCAGUCCUCAUGCCGAGGUUGUCCCAGCAACCCCCAGCGUCGCGCUUACAGCGGCAGAUAAUGACACAGAAUUUCCAAACUUGACCCAGGAUUCGAGGGUCGAUACGGGCGAGAGUGGAUCUGGAAGGAGGACUACAUUGCUUUCUGGUUGGAAUCGCCUCACAAGGAGGCCAUCUGUUGCAGCCGCUUCCGUCCCAAGACCUUCAUCGAUAUUGCAACAUGAAGAAUCGUCGCCCACGCCAUCUCGACACGGGGAGAUACAACCUGGCGGGGAUUUCGAAGAGAAGACAGCCGUUGAGGUGGAAACUGGGACCAUCGGAGGCGGCAACCAGGUAGAUGAACCACCUGCAUCCAGCCAGGUAUGAGUUUCGGUCAUCAUAAACUCGUCGCGCGUCUGCUAAUGCACUGGGGCAUGCUCCAGGCCACCUAUACGUUGGCUAUUUACCCAGAAGGAAUUCGCCCUAGAACUUCGGUCGACAUCAUUGCCGUCCAUGACUUUGACGAGACGCCAGAGGAUGCUUGGGUGAUGCCUGUCGAACGUCUCCUGAGCCCUGGGAGACCGGAUGGCGAACGCGACAGGACCGCUUCCCCUGGACCUCAACGUAUCAAGCUGAUUGACAAAAAAGGCAAAGGGCCCGAGUUGGUGAAUCCAUCUGACGGAAACCCGAAAUUAGACGCGAAACUACGGCCACCUGGCAAAGACUUCAAGGGGAGAGGGAGAUCUUUGGAACCUUCGAUGCGCUCAUCAUCUGAAUUCGACAUGCGCGGGCGGCCACGCGCAGUCAACUGGAUUCGUGACUUUAUACCCAACGAUAUCACCGACUCCAGAGUGCUAUCUUUCAGUUACUCAUCACCUACGUUUGUCAAGAAGACCGGAAGUUGGGCGGAAUAUGUGGAAAACGCAGCAAAAACCCUCCUGGAACGCAUUGUAGGCUCAAGGCAGCUAUUCUUCCAGCGAGGGGUCCCAAUAGUUUUCAUUGGGUCUGGCUUCGGCGGUAUCGUCAUUCAAAAGGCGAUUGCCCUAGCUGCCAAACAAAACGACACCGCUUCGUUAUCUUUGGAUGACAUCUUCCAGGUUAUCUUUUUGGAUACACCCUUCCCAGAGCCCGAUGAGCCUCAGACCCCGGACAGGUUCAAGAGCUGGUUUCCCAAAAACACAAACGUCAGGAUGUCCCGUAUCCUCCUAGAGAUCGAAACCCGCGACAAGGAGUCUGAGCUGGUGGAGGAUGUUUGGAAUGAAUACCAGGGAUCUCAAAAGGAGUUGGCUCGUGGAUUGGAGACAACUUGGCUGUACUCACAAGCUCGCGUCCAACAGGGUGAUUCUGAUAAUAUGUCACUGUGCAAGGACGAGGACGAAUAUCGCGCUUCGAUCAAAGGUGUCACCUUCACGUCAGUUGCCAUAUAUCGACAUCGGCGACUGGCACGGAUGGGUGAUACGCAAGAUUACAUCUACCAGACUAUUCUUGCCAAGAUGCAAUCAACAAUUCUCUACCAGGCCAUCAAGUCCCGGAAUGUCGAACUCGUCGAAAACAUCCUGGACAGCAAGCCACGCUUGAUAUACAAGACGGAAAGUGGGCGUAAUCCACUGCACAUUGCAUGCUUGAUGGAACCUCCAAGCGAUACAAUUGUGACGCUCCUCAUCAACGAGAGGCCCGAUGAUACCACCGAGCCUGACGACGGAGGUUCAACUCCACUGCACCACGCGGUCUUCAAGGCAUGGUACAACGAGCCAGAAGAAGGCAGGGAACGGUCAGAGUACAGCGGCGUCAUUCGUUACUUGAUGCGUAACAUGCAACGAGAAGAUCUCGACCUUCAUGAUAACGAGGGCCGCUCGCCUUGGGACUGGAUCUGCGAAGACAGCACGGAAUACUAUUGCGGCUGUAACGGAUCCGAGUGUGCUGCGACUUGGAUUCGCGAGUUGAGAGAGAACCUGGAACCCAUCAGAGGCCCUGCAAUCACUCAAGAUUAUGACUUGCCCACAGAGCCCACACCUCCGACGCCUGACUCUUCACAAUACAUCGCUAGCUUCGUUGCAGAAGGGACUGUUAGCGAGUUCUACCAUACGACUAAUAAGAAGACAAAACGAGUGGAGGAACAGAUCAAUCUCAAGACGACAAGCGUUUAUGACAUGGUUUAUGAUGCCAACAAGCGCUGUGCUCGGACUCUUGAAUCGUCCCGAAGGAAGGGGAAAGACAAGGAUUUCCGUUGCAGAUGGAUUUUGCUGCCCGCAAACAAUGCAAGUUCUCUUUUCACCCUCCCGUAG